UGCCGGGCCAUGGGGAUCCUCAGCAUCACGGACCAGCCGCCCCUGGUCCAGGCCAUCUUUAGCCGAGAUGUGGAGGAAGUGCGUUCCCUCCUCUCGCAGAAGGAGAACAUCAAUGUGCUGGACCAAGAGAGGCGAACCCCACUGCAUGCUGCUGCCUACGUAGGCGAUGUCCCCAUCCUCCAGUUGCUACUGAUGUCAGGUGCUAAUGUCAACGCUAAGGACACACUGUGGCUGACCCCUCUUCACCGCGCUGCUGCCUCCCGAAAUGAGAAGGUGCUGGGACUGCUGCUGGCUCAUUCAGCAGAUGUGAAUGCCCGGGACAAGCUGUGGCAGACACCACUGCAUGUGGCUGCUGCCAACCGGGCCACCAAGUGCGCUGAGGCUCUGGCGCCCCUGCUGAGUAGCCUCAACGUGGCCGACAGGAGCGGGCGCAGCGCCCUGCACCAUGCAGUGCACAGUGGGCAUCUGGAGACGGUGAACCUGCUCCUCAACAAGGGAGCCAGCCUGAACGUUUGUGACAAAAAGGAGCGGCAGCCUCUGCACUGGGCGGCUUUUCUAGGGCAUUUGGAGGUCCUGAAGCUGCUGGUGGCACGGGGCGCAGACCUCGGCUGCAAGGACCGGAAGGGCUACGGGCUGCUCCACACCGCCGCCGCCAGCGGCCAGAUCGAAGUGGUGAAGUACCUGCUCCGGACGGGGGCUGAGAUUGAUGAGCCCAACGCUUUUGGAAACACAGCUUUGCACAUCGCCUGCUACCUGGGCCAGGAUGCUGUGGCUAUCGAGCUGGUGAAUGCAGGAGCCAACGUCAACCAGCCGAACGACAAGGGCUUCACGCCGCUGCAUGUGGCCGCAGUCUCCACCAAUGGCGCACUGUGCUUGGAGCUGCUGGUCAAUAACGGGGCGGACGUCAACUAUCAGAGCAAAGAAGGGAAGAGUCCUCUGCACAUGGCUGCCAUUCACGGCCGUUUCACCCGCUCCCAGAUCCUCAUCCAGAACGGCAGCGAGAUCGACUGCGCCGACAAAUUCGGGAACACGCCGCUGCACGUGGCCGCUCGCUACGGACACGAGCUGCUGAUCAGCACCCUCAUGACCAACGGCGCGGACACCGCCCGGCGCGGCAUCCACGACAUGUUUCCCCUGCACUUGGCGGUUCUCUUUGGAUUCUCCGACUGUUGCCGCAAGCUCCUUUCCUCAGGUCAGCUGUACAGCAUCGUGUCCUCGCUCAGCAACGAGCACGUGCUUUCAGCCGGGUUCGACAUCAACACGCCGGACAACCUCGGCCGUACCUGUCUUCAUGCUGCUGCUUCCGGAGGGAAUGUCGAAUGUCUUAACUUGCUGUUGAGCAGCGGAGCCGACUUGAGGCGGAGAGACAAGUUCGGAAGGACCCCACUGCACUACGCAGCCGCCAACGGCAGCUACCAGUGCGCCGUCACGCUGGUGACCGCCGGGGCCGGCGUCAACGAGGCCGACUGUAAAGGCUGCGCUCCCCUCCACUACGCCGCCGCCUCCGACACCUACAGGAGGGCGGAGCCGCACUCGCCCUCCAGCCAUGAUGCUGAAGAGGAUGAGCCGCUGAAGGAGUCGCGCAGGAAGGAGGCCUUCUUCUGUUUGGAAUUCUUACUGGACAACGGUGCAGACCCCUCCCUGCGGGACAGGCAGGGCUACACAGCCGUGCACUAUGCUGCCGCCUAUGGCAACAGACAGAACCUCGAGCUGCUCUUAGAAAUGUCCUUUAACUGCCUGGAGGAUGUAGAGAGCACCAUUCCAGUCAGCCCUUUGCACUUAGCUGCCUACAACGGUCACUGUGAAGCCCUGAAGACACUGGCUGAGACGCUGGUGAACCUGGACGUGAGGGACCACAAGGGCCGGACCGCGCUCUUCCUGGCCACUGAGCGAGGCUCUACUGAGUGUGUGGAGGUGCUAACGGCCCACGGCGCCUCUGCCCUCAUCAAGGAGCGCAAACGCAAAUGGACACCCCUGCAUGCUGCUGCUGCCUCUGGCCACACUGAUUCCCUGCACUUGCUGAUCGACAGUGGGGAACGCGCUGACAUCACGGAUGUCAUGGAUGCCUAUGGACAAACCCCACUGAUGCUGGCCAUCAUGAAUGGCCACGUGGACUGUGUACAUCUGCUGCUAGAGAAAGGAUCCACGGCUGACGCUGCUGACCUCCGGGGCCGCACUGCCCUCCACCGCGGGGCCGUGACAGGCUGUGAGGACUGCCUGGCUGCCCUGCUGGACCACGACGCAUUUGUGCUGUGCCGAGACUUCAAGGGCCGCACGCCCAUUCACCUGGCCUCAGCCUGCGGCCACACCGCAGUGCUGCGGACGCUGCUGCAGGCCGCCCUGUCCACGGACCCCCUGGACACCGGGGUGGAUUACAGCGGAUACUCGCCCAUGCACUGGGCCUCCUACACUGGACACGAAGAUUGUCUGGAGUUGUUACUUGAACACAGCCCGUUUUCAUAUCUGGAAGGAAACCCCUUCACUCCUUUGCACUGUGCAGUUAUUAAUAACCAGGACAGCACCACAGAGAUGCUGCUGGGAGCUCUGGGUGCCAAGAUUGUGAACAGCCGAGAUGCCAAAGGACGGACCCCUCUUCACGCCGCUGCCUUCGCGGACAACGUCUCUGGGCUCCGGAUGCUGCUGCAGCACCAAGCCGAGGUGAACGCCACGGACCACACUGGCCGCACCGCGCUCAUGACAGCGGCUGAGAACGGGCAGACUGCAGCCGUGGAAUUUCUGCUCUAUCGAGGGAAGGCAGACCUUACUGUGAUGGAUGAGAACAAGAACACUGCCCUCCACUUGGCCUGUAGCAAGGGCCAUGAGAAGUGUGCCCUCAUGAUCCUGGCAGAAACCCAAGACCUUGGCCUUAUCAAUGCCACCAACGGCGCGCUGCAGAUGCCGCUGCACAUCGCUGCCCGGAACGGCCUGGCCUCCGUGGUGCAGGCCCUGCUGAGUCGCGGGGCCACCGUGCUGGCUGUGGAUGAAGAAGGUCACACCCCGGCCUUGGCCUGCGCCCCCAACAAAGAUGUGGCAGACUGUCUGGCCUUGAUCCUCUCCACCAUGAAGCCUUUCCCACCCAAGGACGCUGUCAGUCCUUUCAGCUUCAGCCUGCUCAAGAACUGCGGCAUCGCGGCAGCCAAGACGGUGGGUGGCUGCGGGGCCCUGCCCCACGGGGCCUCACGCCCCUACAGCCAGGAGCGGCACGGUGCCGUUGGCUUAGACGGCUGCUACUCCGAGUAGCCCCCUGCAGUGUCCCUCCCCGCCGGUGGCUUGAUUCCUUGUUCUAUUUAUUUAGGAAAAGUCUAUACAUUUAGGGCACUUUAAAGGAGAACGCGACUGGGCUGGGGGUGGAGGGGAAAGCGCUGGGGGGUGGCUGCUCAGCCCUUUGCCACCCGUCCUGGCCUGGCAGGGCUCUGGGACCAACAGGGAGCAUCCCGGGCCCUUGGUACCCCCAGGGCACCCCUUCUGCCGAGUGUCCCAACACGACAGCUCGCUGCCUGGCGCCCGCCUCUUCUAUCCCCUCUCUCAGUUCCCCCUUCUGCUGCCAGCUGCCCCUUCCUCUUCCUUCUGACUCACCUCAGGCCCCUUCCCCCCACCCCUGCCAGGCAGAUCCCCGCCUCCUCUUCCAUGCCCAUCACUGCCUCCCUGCUCGCCGGCCCCUCCAUCCCCGCAGCAGUGAGAAGCCUUAAUUUCUGGUACUGUGUGAGCACUCUGGGGGUGUCCCCCUCCCCCUUCAGGGGCAGCUAGCGGACGAGGGGGGAGGGUAUUUAGCACUGGGGCCUGGAGCUUUUCCCCUCCUUCUGUAUCCCAUCACCCCUAAAGUUCAAAUGCAAAACACUUGAAGCAGCAACUACUGUACCUGGGCCCCAACCCUGCACUCUCCCGGCUCCUCGUAUGCAAAUCAAGGGCUGGCACUGCCCUGGCAGCCUGCCCCACCCCCACCCCGCCCCUGCCCCCUGCUGGCCUGGCCUCCUGACCACGCACUUUAACCCCCCACCCCGCUUCUUUUAACUUCUUUUGGGAGGGCGGAGCCUGUGGCCAUUCCCCCUCUGGCUCUCCCCUCCCUUGACUUUGAGGCUUGUCAUGAAUUUUUAAGUAAGCAUUUUAUCCUUUAGGGGAAGAAACAAAUUAAUUUCCUGUCCAUUUCAAAACCACAGCCCUAGUCUGUCCUCUGUGUUUCAGGCAUGUGUUUGCAUGUGUGCGGAGGGAGAGCCUGUUCUUCCUUCUGUGUCCCCGUCCCACAGUUGCUCUCUGCACCCACCCCAGCCCAUCUGCUGCCGCCUUCUGUGAUGCCCAAGAGUACCCAUUGCCCCCAGUCACUCCUGAUCUGAAGCCAAAGAUGGAGGGGCAGGGCAGACUAGGGACCGUGGCUGCUCUGGAGCCCAGGCGUCUUCUCUGCCUAGAGGCGAGAGGCGGAAGGUCUGCGUCAACUGGGGUUGGUCCCUGCCCCCCCAGCAGCUGGGAGAGAAGGGAUCAAGCUAAGGGAUGCGCUGAGAUUUCCCGGCGUUGCACCCUACAAGCCAAACUGGGCUGGAGUGAGGAGGGGGCAGUUUUCUCUCUAAAUGUAGCAUUGAAUUUGGCCCUGGUCCCUUCAGACGCCCUGUCCAUCCAUCUCCUAGCUCUGCCUCCUGGAGAGUGGGACCUGCUUCCUUAGCCCACCGUUCCUUUCCUCACACUCAAUACCUCAGCCAGGGGCCAAGACACAGAACUUGAAUAGAGGUCCUGCCCUCCCCACCGCGCGCGUCCGCGCCAGUCUGGCUGCCAUCAGUAUUGCCCCGAGGACUGGACAGGCUUCGUUUACACUGCAGGGCCUCCCGGGGCGGGGGUGCCCUCAGGCCCCUUCCCCGCCCCUGCGUGCUUUAGUCACCACCUUCUACACCCUUUGCAGCUGUGUCCCCGCACGUCUGGCCGCCCUUGCCUGGGGUGGGCUGAGGGGAGCGGGGGCACAUCCCAGGGGCUGCCCGCUCCCUCAAAGACCCCCUUCACCAUACCUCAUGCUGGUUUCCCGGAGCCUGGGGUGUUCAUCCCAGCCCUUCUUCUUUCUGUCUUGCUCCCGUUUCCUCCCCCCACCCCUCCCCGUGUCUUGCUUCCCGCAACCUUCAGUUCCUAAACCAUUUCAAAGCUUCCGAAUGACCAUUAUUGGUAAGAAGGAGUAUGCAGCUUUUAGUUUUAAUCUUUAUUUUCAAAGCCAAAGGGCCUUGCAAUGCCCCUCUUGCCCACCUCCCCACGCACCCUGUCCUCCCCUAGACGACAAUCAACGUGACCUCUCUUAAGGGCUGCAGCCCCCUGCCCGUCCCCCGUCCUGCUGGUUCUGCAGAGCUCGCCCCUGACUUCACUUCUCUCUCCUUCUUCCUGUUCCGGCCCCCCCCCCCCCCCGUUUUGGUGCUGGGAAUUAGGUGGCAGGGCGGGGGGUGGGGGUGGGGCGCAGGGAGACGGGUCCUCGGGAUUAGACUCUCGAGAUUGCAGUCGUGUUCUCCUUCAUCAGUGUCUGGUGACGACAGGAAGGCUCGAGUGUUUGUCGGGAGCCCCGUGGUUUUGCUCGAUGAGAUUUCUGGAGGCUGCCCGGCCCCUGCCGCGCUUUUGGCACACCAUCAGCAGUGCCAGGGCAGGCGUGAGGAGGCCAGGAGGCUGGGCAGCCUCCUCCCUAAUGCCAAAGGAAGUCCCACACCCCACCCCGGGCUCCCCAACCCCUAGUGUCUUUUGAAGCAUUUUGACCAUUCUCAUGGCCACUGCAUAUUUAUUUUAAUGUUAAGUUUUUUGGUUUUUGUUUUAAACCUCUUUGACUUAAACGGGUGUGGAGAAAUCAGCCAGGCAGAGUGCCCCUCCCCAGUCUUAAGGAGGUAGGGCGGGGAGGAAUCAUCUCCUUCCCUUCACCCUCCCGCUCCCUGUCCCCUUCUCCCCACCGCAGCUCUAAAGCACUUGCUUCAAGUAAUAAGCACUUUUGAGAAAAGGCCUACUUUAAGUGAGGACCCUGGGAGCCACCCCAGGUCCCAGUGAAGGGGUCAGAGCGAGGGCUACGCAGGAGACGGGGAAACAGUCAGAGGGCGCGAUGGAAAGAGCCAGUUUUUAGUUUCUGACUUUUGGGGAGAUGUUUCUGAUUGGGCGGUGGCUUUGGUAGGGUUGUGUACUAUCCUUCAGAAAAACAAAUGGCACAAACUGUGGGUCCCUGGACGGACCAACAGACCCGGGUCCCUGCUGCUGUCCCGCUGAGACGGACGGGGGCCCCCUCCCUCGCCCCGUGGCCCCCUGAGCCGGCGGACUGCUGAAAACCACUGAAUGUACAGCCCAGGCUGGGGUGGGAGCGGCCCCGGGGGGAGGGGGCUUCUCCUUCCGUUCGGUGCUGUGGGGGGCGGGAGAGACGAGACGGAAGGACUGCCGCCCCACUUAGACGUGUUCCUUGGGGUGGGGGGGCUGAGGAGGGCCUGCCUCCCCCUCCGACCCCAGCCAUGGUCCCCCUUCCUUCCUCACCCCUAUCCGUUUUGACUGUAAGUCCAGCUCACCUUUGCCUUCAAUGUGUAACCAAAGGAAAACUCAAUACUGUUAACACCGCUGUCUGCCCACCCGAGCACCUUCUCACUCCCUGGACCCAGGAGGGGAGGAGAGGCUGGGCGGGGCAGGGGGCAUGGGGCCAGAGUGAGCGGCUCUGCAGCUGUGCGCCCCCCUCGGGGUCUUGGGAGGGGGCGCUGGGCCAGGCGCGCUCCGGGUCUUGUGUCCGUGAGCUUGCCUUGGUCUGAGUGGCUCCGGGGGCUGUGCUCUGAGGGCGGCCCCUUCCUGCUCCCCCUCUGCCACUUCUCCCCCUCUCCCCACACCCAGUGUUCAUUCCCCCACCUCCCCUUCCUGCCGCAAAGGAAAAUAGCCUUACAGACCCUAGCCCAGAAGCCCUCCUCUUGGGGCAAAGCAGUGCGGGGGCCCCAGCCCACCUAGUGUGAACCCUACCUUUGAAGGAGGGAUAAGGAGGAAAGCAGCCCCUUCCGUCUAAAGUGGUGGCCCCGGCCCUCAGCCUUGACCCAGCCUGGGCAAGAGCCGAGGGGAGGGAUCUUUGAGGACCAAGCCCAGUGGUCUGGGAAGAGGGAGGUAGAGAGGGAAGGGUCUGACUUGGGGACCCCCUCCUCCCGACCCAACCCCUAGAGAAGCGACCAAAUCCCAGAGAGGAGGAAGCUGGGGUGGGGAGGGUCUGCUCUAUGAAUUACUUGAAGGUACUGACUGAGGCUGCUGCUGCCCACUUAGGUGUAGGGGACAGUCACUGCGUUUGGGGGGGCCGCGGGGGGCAGGGUUGGGGUCUGCCCUGGGCCCUCGCCCCCUCCUGCCAGGCGCGUUCCCUGGGGAGCCUGGCUUCGCCCCCCACCUGUGCCCCUCACCCUGGGCAUCUGUCCAAUUGCACUAAAGUAGCGGUGUGCCAGUCUUACCCCACCCCGGGGCGGGGUCUCUGCUUCCAGUCCUUUCAGCCCACCCGCCUCUGCCCCCGUCCCGGACAAUCUCCUUGUUCCUCUGUAUUCCCGGGUAGCUCAGCUUUGUGUGUGUGUGUGUUUUGGGGGGUGGGGUGGGUUCUGGCUGGAGUGGGCUUGCUAGGGGUUUGGGAAGGGCUAGGGGAAAGAUGGCGGAUGAAAUCUCCUGCCCCCUUCCUCAGCUCCGGCCACAUAAGCCUGGGAGGGAGGGUGCCUACCCUCGCCGCCGCGUGUCUUGCAGAUGUGCCAAAAUGGGGGUGGGGGGGAGGGUGCCUGGCAGAGCAGCCCCCAGGGUGGCGCUCUCAAAGCAAUACAGUCCCUCCGGCCUGGGGGACGGCAGGACAGGGGAGAGGGUUGGGUCGGGGCCUGGGGGUCCCCGUGUACAGCUGUGUAUAUCCAGGGGUGUUCUCCGUCUGGUACCCGCCGCGGGCGUCUCUGUGUGUGAACCUCCCCUCCCCCGUGCCCUGCAUGACCUGUGAUGCUGCAGACACCACCAUCCUGUGUGCAGGGGUGCGCUGGGGGCGCGAGGGGCGCGCCCCAUGCCCUGCCGCUCCCGCCGCCCUGUGCCCCAUGUACUCGGUUGUAGGAAGUAAAGAGAACUGAGCACAAUCCACUGGAUUCUAGUUGAAUCUUUGUCUAAGCAAUGCUCCCCGCCCGCCCUCCUCCCUGUCCUAGGUUCACCUGCGGUGCUAGCGUGGGGGGCGGGGGCGGGGCGUUUGAGGCCGGUGGGCAGCAAUAAAGGGCAGCCCUGCCCGGAUGCCUGCAUCCCCAGGGUGCUGAGGGCAGCAGGGAGAAGGGGGGACCUCGGUGCAUCGUCCCGACCCAACCUGCCCCUUCCUCUCCGGGCUAAAGCACAACGCUGUCCCCGCAGACCAGACCCAGCGUCCUGCGCCCUCCGCCCGCCUGCUUUGGGCCCUCCUGCCACAUCCCCGGGUUUCUGUGCUGUUCUGGUGCGAGUACAGCUGUCGUCGUCGUGGCUUGGGGAUGGGUUCUGUUUAUUAAAAUCCUAUUGAUCCUA